CGCACAUCCCCAACGUCGCAAUCGCGAUCUCCACCUCACAUUUCACAAGCUACACUUCCCCAGCUCCAACACCAACCAAAGCUGUACAAACCUCUUUCGGACUAGAGUCAUGCCGCCGAAGAGGCGCGGUGCUCCCGCCAGCUCCUCCACCACGACCACCGCAACCCCCAAGCGCCCACGAUCCAAACUCGCAAAAGAGAACGACAUCACUGCUGACGAAGAAAACGAAAUAAAAGAAGUUUUCCAACUCUUCGCCGACGCGAACGAGGACUUCCCCGCCGAGAAAGAUGGCGUCAUGCCGCGCGAGGACGUGCGCAAAGCUAUGGUAGCCCUCGGCGUCCCACCAUCAGACUCAACCGAACUCGCCGACAUCCUCUCCGCCGUAGACCCAACCUCGACCGGCUACGUUGCCUACAGCGCCUUCGUCACCGCCGUCGCCGCAAAGCUCCACUCCCAAGAUGACGAUGCCCGAGUCGCCGAGGUAGACACCGCGUAUCAACUGUUCACGCGCGGCUCGGAUGGGCCGAUUUCCCUGAGCCAUUUGCGGCGCAUCGCGCGCGAGCUCAAGGAGGACUCUAUUGAUGAUAAUUUGCUCAAAGAUAUGAUUAUUGAAGCAAAUGGGGGUGCUGGGCUGAGUUCUGGUGUGACUCUGGAACAGUUUCAUGAUGUUAUGAUUCGGGCGGGUGUUUUCAAGAUGUGACAUCGCAUUUGUUGGGUGGCUAUGGUCAGAUGAUGGCCGAGACCAGAGUUUUCGGUUCUUGUUUUUUUGUAUCCACGUGUACAUCAGUCAUGGGUGUAUUUCGGUUUGCCUGGGUUUCUAUUUUGGAUGUGAUAUAUGGGCUACUUGCGGCGUUGGUGACUUGGAAUGUGCGGCGUUGAUAAUUGCAUAGCGCUGAGAAUACAAUUCUUGCUUGAUAGUUUAUUGGCACAUGAUUUACAGGUUCCUGCCAUUUCA